AUGGACCACACCAACAGGCGGCCGAUGACUGCAUGCCAGAAAAUACUGGUUCAUCAUGCUCUUGGUCUCGAGACUCCGUACGUGGAACCAGGUACCGUGAUCCGCGUUGCUCCAGAUUGGUUUCUGGCAUCGGAAGUCGCUUGGUUUGGCAUGAACAAAGCCUAUGAGCGUAUGGGACGUCCCGGCAUCCGCCGCAAAGACAGGUUCUGGCUGGCAGGAGACCAUGUCGUGGACCCACGAGUGAACCACAGGGCCUACGAGAAGUCUCUUAUUGAGGCCUGUGACCAGAUUGCAAAAGAAAUGGACCUCGGGGACAACUAUGCUGGACACAACACCACGAUCAUGCACACCGAAUAUUAUCGCUCUCGAUGUCAACCCGGCAUGCUUGUCAUCGGCGCCGACUCUCACACCUCGUCUGCUGGAGCGCUCGGGAGUCUCGCAAUUGGCGUUGGGUCUACCGAUAUGAUCUUGCAGCUUGUCACUGGAGAGACCUAUCUCGAGGUACCAGAGAUUGUCCGCAUCAACUUUAUCAACACGCCACCCCUUGGGACCAGCGGUAAGGACGUUAUCCUUGGGGUAAUGCGCAAGCUCCGAAGAAAUACUGUCGCAGCAGGCCGUCUUGUCGAAUACACUGGAGAAGGACUUCAGUACCUGUCGUGUGAUGCAAGAUUCGCCAUUGCAAACAUGACGACCGAGUUCGGCGGCAUCGGGGCUUGUAUUGUUCCAGACGGGGUAACCAUGCAGUACAUUCAACGUCGGAGGGACCCUCGACAUAAAUCAGACAGCCUGUACUUCCGGCCAGACGAUGAUGCGCAGUAUGCUGAGACAUUCGAUGUGGAUUUGUCAGAAUUGGAGCACUUUAUUGCGCUGUACCCGUCCCCAGACAACGUUGUGCCCGUCUCCGAAGCUAAAGAGCAGCUGCAACACCUCCAAGGGGUCUUCAUAGGAGCAUGCACCACGACCGAAGAAGAGUUGAUCCUGGCUGCACUGGUAUUAAAGGAGGCGAUGUCUCAGGGCUUGAAACCCGUGGUGCCGGGCUUGCGGCGCGUAACUCCGGGGUCCAAUUCCAUCAUCAACAGGCUGAAGGAACUAAACCUUCUAGAGGUCUACGAACAGGCGGGCUUCGAGAUUGGCGCACCUGGGUGUAGCUACUGCGUGGGUAUGGGGGUCGACAAGGCUGGCCAAGGGGAGGUGUGGCUGUCUUCCCAGAAUAGAAAUUACCGUGAUCGAAUGGGACCCGGGUCAAUCGCAAACAUUACUUCUGCAGCAACGGUGGCCAUUUCUAGCUUUUCGAUGUCGUUGCAAAGUCCCACGGAUAUCCUGGGUAAGAUCGACAUGGCCGAGUUCGACGCCAUGAGGAGAUACGGUGCACAGGAGCCACGAGAAUCACCAGGAUAUGUCGAACCGGAACUCCUUCCCACUGUCCGAACAAAGACCGAUGCAGACCUCCUCCCAUCGGCAGAAGAGAAGCCGCCGCCAUCACUUCCCGAGUCGAUUCGAGGGCGAGUGCAGCGGUUCGGGGACAACGUUGACACGGACAGUAUCAUUCCGACGGACAAAUGCCAUUCUCACCUUACCCAAGAAGAGGUUGCCCGGGGUGCAUUCUGCUAUACUCGACCCGAGUUUUAUGAUCGUGCACAGGCCGGUGCCUCGAUCGUCGUUGCGGAAAAGAGCUUUGGCUGUGGCUCGUCUCGAGAGCAGGCUCCGAAGGCGCUAAUGUGGGCGGGCAUUCAAGCAGUGAUUGCAAAGUCGUACGCCUUCAUCUACCAACGAAACCAAGUCAACAACGGCUUGAUGGGGAUCAAACUCCAGGACGAUGACUUCUACCAGCUCGCUCAAGAAGGGGAAGAGGUGGUGAUUGACGUCAAAAACCGGCAGAUCCAUUGUGGAGGACGAACAUGGGAUUUCCGGCUGGAUCGUAUUCAGGAACAACUGCUUGCCGAAGGUGGAUUGAUCAGCACUUAUGAAAGAUACGGACCCAGUUUGUUCUCUAAGCUGCAGAGCCUGGAUCAGAAGGCUGGCAACGCUUCGCGAGAUGCUGCUGAAGCUGGGUUUGUUGAGGAAUCGUCGAAAACCACGUCUCUGGAAUGGUGA